AUGCCGGUGUCUAUCGGCGAAGCUGCAAAGCAGUUUCAGCCAUACGAAUGUGUUGUAUGCAAUAGCCGGUUCACCCGAUCUGAGAACCUGAAGAGGCACUCGCGUCUGCACACGCGGAGUUCUAACGAUGAUUCUCUGCCAUGUAACAUCUGCCACGCAACAUUUUCACGCCCAGAUCUGCGUAGCAGGCAUAUGAAGCGGAAGCAUGCGAGAGACAACGACGAGGAUCAAACUAGCAUGAGCAAGAAGCCUUCACCAACGACACAUUCGCAGCUCCAAAGGCAGGCCACAGCUGAGGGCUACGGGGCGGGCUCGUCAUCGCCAGCAGACAGCGGCCACGGCUCACUUCGGCAAUCCAACGACGGACUUGAUGAGGAUGUGCAUAACAGGAUUUGGGAUGAAAUCCUUCGAAACACUCACUUGCAAAUCAGCACAGAUCCAGUGACGUCCACUGAUGUCGGCCCCGGGGGCAUUGAAAGCGCAGAAACACCUACUGCCUCUCUAACAGACAUUUCCGUCGACAACCUACCCGAGCAUGACUUCGCAGCUACGCACAGUAGCAUUGUUGUUGCUAGUGGCCUGCAGCGCAUCUCAUAUGCCACGACAUCCCGACCGACCAGUGGCUUUGACUCCCAGCGACAACCCACAGUUGUCCCCCACUCCGAUUUGCAGACAGAGUACAACAAUCGCAAUAGCUUCAACGACAGCACAAUUUUCAGAUGGCCUUCUAAUCAUUCUUCCCCUACUGUGGAAGACUGGUUUCCGUCAGAGUCACAAACCGCUCGUGGGCUCGAACUUUUCUUCGCCCAUGUCUCACAUUUCAUUCCCUUUCUCCACCGGCCCACCUUCGAUGUUAGCCGUGUUGAAAGGUAUUUAGCACUCAGCAUUCUUAGCCUUGGCUUUCAAUUUGGCCAAGACCCAGAUUGUGGUGACCGAGAGGGAUCCGGAUCAUCUCUGUCAAUACGUUGUUUUCAUCAAGCUCGCCACAUGAUUAGUGCUCUGGAGGUUGAGUAUGAGGAUACGGACAACGUGACUCUCGUCACUGUCAAAGUGCAAUCAUACUUAAUGCUUGAAAUAUGUGCUAUGUUCUAUCUUUGUGGGAGGGAUUCGGCACACGCACUUCGAAUGCACUCUCGUAUGAUAUCCCUCGCUCGGUCUGGUGGUCUAAUGCAAUCGGUGGCCGGGACUUGUGCCACUCACGAUCUUGAAACUCUCUGGCACCAAUUCGUUCAAGCAGAGUCGCGUAAGCGGACAUCUCUAGCCGUACAUCAGAUUGAUGCACUCUGGUAUCAAUUCUUGUCCAUUCCACGGUCAAUCUCGCAUCUGGAAAUCAAGCACGACCUCCCCUGCCCGAAUGACUGCUGGACGGCCCCUACAGCUUCCCGAUGGGCACACUGGCAGCUGGUCACAAAAUCAUCUUCACUCCCGGUCCAAUACUCUGACGCUGUGCGCCUCUUUCUUUCCCCAAAUCCGAACCUCAGCUCCUUACCGGCCUUCGAUCCGUACGGAGCAAUCAACAUUGCGCAAUUUUUAAUCUCGAGUGCUCGCGAGAUAUCGGGCUGGUCCGCAAUAACAGGAAGGAUCAGCAUGGAGAGGUUGGAACCCCUGAAAGAGUCGUUGAGUGCGCUUGGGUCAGUGAUUCGGCCAGAGAAAGGCGCCACCAUCUCAGCAAGCGCAGCACUGUGCGAAGCAACCUGGGAGAUGGCCAUGAUCGAACUGCACAUGUGGUCGCCUUCACACACAGGAGGAAUUGUGGAGGGUAGCAUAGAUGCCGUCAUAAAGCAACUGGUCGACCUAGCGCCUACUUGCGAGUUCCUUAUCGGGACCCACGCCGCACAUUCAGUCCAGCCUCGCGUGAACUGGUUCCUGCGAUAUCUCGAUGAUACCGUGAUUCCCGAUACUGAGCCACCAUGGCUGACUCUGUAUGCUUACAAAGCGUUUUUGAUCGCGUUGCAGCUGGUGCGAGGACAUGUCACAGGAGCAAUGGAAGCUGUUGAUAUUCAAGAUGGCGACGUUUGCGGGGCGGUUGCAUGGGCGCGAAAGGUGCUCGAUCGAAGGAAACGAUGGCAGUUGGGCAGACUGAUCAUAUCGUCCUUGGAGUCUCUGGACGUCCUCGAUGCUCAACACAGCUAA